GUGGGCAGGAGCGUUGCAGUAUUUUCCUGUAACCACAACCACUUAGAGCCAAUCAAGACAGAAAGCGCAAACACGCCCGCCCGCUCCCGAUUGCCUUUGCUCCGUUGUCCUCCAACCGCGGAGCCGACCGAGACGGAGCCGCUGUCAUCUUCUUGACCCAGCUCAGCUGAUCGGUUGCCGCCGCCGCCGCCGCCAGAUUCCGGAGGCGAAGAACGCGACGCGUGAAGACAUGGACGUGAAUAUCGCUCCGCUCCGCGCCUGGGACGAUUUCUUCCCGGGCUCUGACCGCUUCGCCCGGCCGGACUUCAAGGACAUUUCCAAAUGGAACAACCGUGUGGUGAGCAAUCUGCUCUACUACCAGACCAACUACCUGGUCGUGGCUGCCAUGAUGAUUUCCGUCGUGGGGUUUUUGAGCCCCUUCAACAUGAUCCUUGGAGGAAUUGUGGUGGUGCUGGUGUUCACGGGGUUUGUGUGGGCAGCCCACAAUAAAGAUGUGCUCCGCCGGAUGAAGAAGCGCUACCCCACGGCGUUCGUGAUGGUGGUCAUGCUGGCUAGCUACUUCCUCAUAUCCAUGUUUGGAGGAGUCAUGGUCUUUGUGUUUGGCAUCACUUUUCCAUUGCUGUUGAUGUUCAUCCAUGCAUCAUUGAGACUUCGGAACUUCAAGAACAAGCUGGAGAAUAAGAUGGAGGGAAUAGGAUUGAAGAGGACACCCAUGGGCAUUGUCCUGGAUGCGCUAGAACAGCAGGAAGAGAACAUCACCAAAAUCACGGAUUAUAUCAGCAAAGUGAAGGAAUAAGCGCCUCCCCUGCUGAUAGGGAGGCAGCAGAAACGGAGUUGCAGUUUGCCCUUGUCCAGACCUACUUUUUUUGUGUGUUUUUAAAAUAGGAGGUGCACGUACCACCCAGCUCUGUGGCAGCAUGCGUGUGUAGGCCAAACUUGUCAUCUCCGGUGUCACAGAGAGAAGGCCUCAGAAACCGGAAGAAAAGCACCCUCCUAGUGUGUCUGAAGUUUCAAGCCUGUUUAUGGAAACUGAUAGGAAACGCAUCACACUUAUUUCUGUAGGGGAAUAAAAGAAAAUAAAAGAAUUAUGGAUUCUCCAACAACAUUACUGUUACCUUGUAGGGGAAAAAAUUGUGAAGUAUCAAGGCAAUAUAAGUAAAUGAAAAGGCCAUUAAAGGAGAGGAUGCCAUGCAUUAACCUGCUUGGAAUCCUCUUCUGCAUCUCUCUACCAAAAUAUUUCCUAGGAUUGUAAUGUGUGGGGUAGAAAUUAGUUUAGUUUUUAUUCUUCUUUUAAAAUCGAAGAUAAUUUUUAUCACUUUGCUGUCUGUUUGACAUGCAGUGGAAACUGGAUAAACCGGUUGUUUAUACUUUGUUUACAAAUAUAAAGAUAGUUGUUUAGAAGGAUAUUUUGUUAAAUUUUUGUAAAUCCUUGAAAUCCUGGUAGUGCAUUUUCACCAGCAGGUAUUUGUUGCAAACUUAAUAUCUUCCUUAAGGAGGUUACAACUGUGUAACCUGUAUUCUUCUUGAUAGACUUAUUAAAAAACAAACGAAUAAAAUGAGUGUUUAUAUUGCAUUUUUUUUUUUUGGUUGUUGUUGAAAUGGGGGAAAAAAAGUGUCCAAGAUAGUGUUUUCCAUAGUUUUUUCCUUUCUUAAAUUUUUAAUUGGAACAUUUAGAAAGAAGAAAAUGAAUGUGCAUUUUAUUAAUUCCCUAGGGGCUCAAAGAGAACAAUAGUAGUUGAUCUUUUGAAAUCUAAAAAGCAUCCUUAGGUGACUAAGCAAAAAGACUUAAAAAUAGGAAUGAGAACAGGAGUGAUCACUGGCUUCUGCAGUUUAUAAAAAAUUUAAAUAGCAAUUGUUACAACCAUAUGCUUUCGUAUUAGAAUUAAGAUAGCAUGAGUUUAUACGAUCCAUUAUUUUUGCCCCUUAAUUUCCCAUGUAUUUUGAAAUAGGUUGUUGAAAAUAUUUUGCUUGCCAGUUGAGUGAUUUCUUAGAUGAAGUAGAAGACAUGUAGGUUUCUCUAACUUUGAAUUGUGAAGACAAUCAGAGCAGUCCUUCCUGAGACACUCUGUAUGUUCUAGAAUAACCAGCAACGGCAUAUAUUCCUCCUGAUCUGUCUUGCAUCUCAAUAUCUCAGACAACCUGCAGCCUUCAUCGUUAGCACAGUGCUGUCACCAUGACACCGCAGACAUGGUCUAGAAUCUGUACCCUUAUGCAAAUAUGAAGAAUAAAAUUUAUGAAAGAUUUUU